UCGUGGAACGCGGAGAUACGAUCUCGUUGACAUUAAAAUGAUUUUUGAGAAUAAACUACUAGUUUGGUUCGUUUUCUUAGGACGUUAUAUGAAAGUGUUAUCAGUUCAAGUUACAAGCAACUCUAAUCCAUCUAUGUUGAAGAAUAUUGUGGGUUUAUUAUAUGACAUGGAUCUGAGCAAUCAGACUGAAAUAAUGUCUCUGUUCGGAAUUGAAAAGGAGUAUCGAGCAGAAAUUGAUAAUUAUAAUAGAUUGGGUAGCAGAUACAAGAGACAAGCCGGCGGUGGUAAAUUCGUGGAGUCAUCUAGAAUGGGUCAGACAAAGGUGUUGCAGCUGCAAAUUCAGAUGUGGAAGAAUCUGGUCUCAAGGCAAUACGUCGGAGGCCCGCACCCUCUACACAGGAUUAUUCCUUUUGCAUUCGUCGAAAUCCUUAAGUUAAAAGUAUUCGAUUACUUCUCACCGGAUAUUACGGUGGAAUCCAAAGUCUAAAAAUAGAAAUAGUACAAAUAUUACUUAUGUAAGGACUUUUUAAUUUAAAACAUUGUUUCAAUACACACAAUAACACAA